CUACAGGACCUGACGGCGAUGUCCGGGUUACCGGGCUCCACUCCAAGGAAAAGACAGCCCUGCUCUAGGCACUGUACCGCCACUGUGACGUCCUCGAAGGUCUGCCUCUAUGACGCCGCCGAAGGCACCCCCGCUUCACAAGCGGAGCCCAUCGGAACUCGAGGAGGGGCUGCUGGGUCUUCCAGGAGCGCCCAGACACGGGCGCGUGGCCACGGGUGGCCACAGGUGGCCACAGGCGCUGGGCAGGAUGGCAGCGGCCACAGAGCGGGCCCUUCCACGUCUGCAGGCUCUGGCCCGGCAGCCACCACCCAUAAGCAAUGAGGAGGAGCUUUAUGACUGCCUGGACUACUACUACCUGCGCGACUUCCCUGCCUCAGGGGCCGGGCGCAGCAAGGGCCGCACUCGGCGCGAGCAGGCGCUGCGCACCAACCGGCCUGCACCUGGCGGGCACGAGCGCAAGGUCCUGCAGAAGCUCCUCAAUGGCCAGCGCAAGCGCCGCCAGCGCCAGCUGCAGACCUGGCUGCGCACUCGCCCCACCUGAGCCUGGGUAAGGGCGCCCAACACCUCCCCCAACCAGGGCCCGGGGACCCUGGUAGCGUCCCCCCAUCGCGCGACGCUACUCGCCCUAGGCAGAAUCGGCUGCCUCUGAGGGAGCUGCAUUAGGGAACUGCACCCGCCAGCUUGGCCUCUGACGGCCGUUGCAAUAGCAUUAAAGCCUUUGGAACUUCGGAGGUGGAAAGAAGGGGCUAGGAAAUGAAGACAACAUCUUUU